CUCGUUCCUAUAGAAUAAUUUUGCUCUUGUACAGAGAAAAAAACGAAGGUCCAAGAUGGGGAAUCUGGAAAGCCAGAAUAGGAGUGAAACCAUUAGGUUCUUUGUUUCAUCCAGCAUAGAAGAGAAGAUCGAAAUGAGACCUGAGGAAGAAGAGCUUGGAAGUAACAGAAGCUCGUUUCUUAUUGAACAAGAAAAUCAACCCCCCCAAAAAAAAUUCUCCUUUGGGCUCAUUCACCACGCUUGGAAUCUGAAACAGGAAAAUCGACCCAAGAAAAAAAAAAGAAAAAAAAAAAAAAAAAGGAACAUCUUCAAUCCAAGUUUUUUCUUUUUAAUCUUUUAGCGUAUCUUUUUAGUUAUAAAUUUACAUUCUCCUUUAUGCUUUUGUAAAGUUAAUUAAUCGAACGAAAAUGUUUGAACUGAAACUGGCAAAAGAAGAAAAUGUUGAAACGUACAGAAAACUGAAUGGGAGAAAAAGAAAAUCAUAGUGGAGAGAACUGAAAGCAAGACAGAUGGAUCAUCAUCGGCUUUAAAAAUUCAAAGUAUCGGCGUUUAUGAUUAUUGCUAAACUGUGAGAUAGCGAUUUGGGUUUUGUUUUAAACCAUUACAAUAGAAAAUUACCUAAAUAUUAUUAAUAAAUUCUUUGACGAACUACAAAUAAAAAUGAAGAAUUCCCACCCGGGGGGGGGGGGGGUUCGAUUCUCUCCAGGGCCAGGGGAGAACUCUAUGAUUCCCCUAACCUCCAACUAACAUCCACCUAAAGGGUCUAACUAACCAGUAAUGUCCGCAAUAGUAGAUGUGGACGUAUCACCCAACUGUAUAUCAAUGGAUGACUCUGUUUUGAGUUGGAUUCCUUCUGGGUCUUCUGGUCUUCUUCUGACUACUACUCACUGAAGAAGAUGGAGAACCAUAACUGAAUUUGGAUUUCCUAGGGAACAAGAGACUGGAAAAAAACUGGACAAAUGUAUCUCAGGAGUCAAGCUUGGUUUCUCACCUUAUAGGCUGGUUUGAUUUCCCCAAUGCGAGUCAAAAUACGUUUCGGGAAGAAGAUGCAGCGAGCCUGGUUGGUGAAGGCGGUGGUGAUGGUGGUUGCUUGGUUGCAAGUGCCACUUGUACGUUCACUGGAAAUCGGCUUCUAUGCCACAAGAUGUCCCGCAGCAGAGCGGAUCGUGUCCAGACUCGUACACUUGGCAUCUCGCCAUGACCCAACACUGCCAGCUGCGCUUCUGCGACUUCACUACCAUGACUGUUUCGUUGGAGUGAUUAUCUCUUCCCUAGUUUGUCUUUUUGGAUUGAAAUCUUUGAGUUGUAGCUUUUCUUUUAUUAUUAUCAAAAUGAUCUGCAACUGAGGUUCUCGGUUUAUUCAAAUUGCAAGGGUUGUGAUGCCUCCGUAUUGUUGGACAGCGCUCCUGGCUACCCACCGCCGGAGAAGAUGGCAUUAUCCAACCGGAGUCUCAGAGGCUUUAACAUGGUAGAUAUGAUCAAAAGAGUACUUGAAGCCGUCUGUCCAGGAACAGUCUCCUGUGCUGAUAUCCUUGCUUUAUCUGCAAGGGAUGCAGUAGUCCUCGCUGGUGGCCCCAGUUGGAAGGUUCCUACAGGAAGAAGGGACGGCAGAUUGUCCUCUGCCGUGUUGGCUAGAAUCAGUAUACCUCGUCCUCAGUUUAGUGCAGUUCAACUUAAGAAAAACUUCCUCUGGCAUGGCAUGUCCACGGCAGAGAUGAUUGUACUCUCUGGGGCUCAUACCAUUGGUUCGGCUCACUGUGUAUCCUUCUGGGACAGACUUUACCAUCAUAACUUCACAAAUGGAACAGAUCCCAGUAUGGCCAGCUACCAUGCUGAACAGCUCAAGAAGAUAUGUCCAAUAAGCAGUUACAAGUCGAAGCAAAGGGUGCCUCUGGAUCCCAUAACACCUUUUAAAUUUGAUAACAUGUAUUACAAAAAUCUGAACAUGGGUCUUGGACUACUAGCUUCUGAUCAGGUUAUACAUGACAAGUUAACAUCGGUGCUCAGUAGCAACUCAACUCUGUGGGAGAGAAGCUUCUGUAAAGCCAUGGUUCAUUUGGGCAAUCUCAAUGUAAAGACUGGAUCGCGCGGAGAAAUUCGAAGAAACUGCCGCAGGAGAAAUUAAUCACUGCCAUUAUUCACUCGAGACUAGAUCUUGGAUAAAAAUUUAUUGGCAGAACCAUACAAACAGACUUGAGUUGUUGUAACCUUACAAAUAGACCAAAACUCACAAGAAAAUAUUUCUCAUUGUAAGUCACGAAAAUUGUAUAGAUACAUUAGCCAGAAAACUUUAUUUGAUAAAAUCAAUCUUUUUCCUUCUUACCUA